GCCCCUGCUCCCGAGCGCAGGAGAACCCGCACAGAGCUGCCAACGCCCGGCGGAGACUCUGAGAUUCAAAUUGGAUUUGAUAUACUAACGGACUUCAGCUAUGCAGACAAUUAAAUGUGUGGUCGUGGGUGAUGGUGCUGUUGGUAAAACAUGUCUCUUAAUUUCUUACACAACAAACAAAUUCCCAUCGGAAUAUGUACCAACGGUGUUUGAUAACUAUGCUGUAACAGUGAUGAUUGGUGGGGAGCCAUAUACCCUAGGCUUGUUUGAUACUGCAGGACAGGAAGAUUAUGACAGAUUACGACCCCUCAGCUAUCCACAGACAGAUGUGUUUCUGGUUUGUUUUUCAGUGGUCUCUCCCUCUUCAUUUGAAAAUGUGAAAGAAAAGUGGGUACCUGAAAUUACUCACCAUUGUCCAAAAACCCCUUUCCUGCUUGUUGGGACCCAAAUUGAUCUCCGAGAUGACCCCUCAACAAUUGAGAAGCUUGCCAAGAACAAGCAGAAGCCCAUAACUCCAGAGACUGCUGAAAAACUGGCCCGGGACCUGAAGGCUGUCAAAUAUGUAGAGUGUUCUGCCCUUACACAGAAAGGCCUAAAGAAUGUAUUUGACGAGGCGAUAUUGGCUGCCCUGGAGCCUCCGGAGCCGAAGAAGAGUCGCAGAUCUCAGGAAACCAAAUAUUGUGAUGUUCCCCUCUCCAAACAUAUGUUUUGGUUUUGUUAGCAGUUUCUCUCAGCUGUGGAGAUCAAUGAAGUCUUGCAGUGUGGAAGCAUUAUUUUGUAUUAAUGAUUAAAACACGUUCCAAA